AUGACGGUUGAGAUUGAUGGUGUGCCGUUCAAGGUCAUCGAGUUCCUCCACGUGAAGCCGGGCAAGGGCGCCGCGUUUGUGCGCUCCAAGCUCAAGAACCUGCUGACCGGGAACAACAACGAGCGCACGUUCAGGGCGGGGGAGCAGCUCAACCUGGCGGCGGUGGAGCGGCGGGAGGGGCAGUUUACGUACGCUGAGGGCGAGACCGUGAGCGACCCAGGGCCUGUCCUCACUUUGCGCGCUCGUGUCCUUGCCAACUGGGCGCUGGAGCAGCCGUACGUGUUCAUGGACGUUGAGUCGUACGAGGAGACGCGGCUGCCCAAGGACGACUGGGCGCAGUUCCUGAAGGAGGGCACCACCUGCAGCCUGCUGUUCUUCAACGGCAAGGUCAUCAGCGUCGAGCCGCCGGCCUUCAUGGACCUGCUGGUCACAGACGCGCCCCCGGGCGUCAAGGGCAACACCGCAUCAGGUGGCGGCACCAAGCCGGCGACGCUGGAGACCGGGGCCGUCAUCAGCGUGCCGCUGUUCAUCGAGUCUGGGGAGAUCAUCAAGGUGGACACCCGGACAGGCGUCUACCUCUCGCGCUCCAAGGAGUGA